AUGGCACGCGAAGGAACCCGUUCUGCCACCGGCCACUCGGCGCCGCGCGUCUUCCAGACGGUCGACACCGAGCCCACCAUCAAGCGCACUACCAAGCCCAAGACCAAGACCCCUUCUGAGAAGCCCGAGACCAAGGUCAAGGCCGCAAAGCCCGUUGGUGUCACCAAGAAGAAGGCGCCUGCGAAGAAGGAGGCCGUCGGCACCAAGGUCAAGAAGGUAGUAGCAAAAGCCACCGGCAAGACCAAGAAGGCUGCCGCCAAGCCCAAGACUGCCGUCAAAUAA